CUGCCCAUGAGAAAGUCACGAUUGUUUAGUAAUUUUGUGUUUUUUGUGAAAUCAUAUGGUAAAUUGAGUGUGUCAUACUACAGUACUGUUCGUGUUCGAUUUGCACCAAGCCCAACUGGCAUGCUGCAUCUCGGUGGGCUAAGGACAGCUUUAUUUAACUAUUUAUUUGCUAGAUCAAGAGACGGGAAAUUUAUUUUGAGGAUUGAGGACACCGACCAGACAAGGAUAGUGCCAGAAGCUGUGCAGAAGUUAGAAAGUGUUUUGCAAUGGGCAGGAUUGGUGCCAGAUGAAAGUCCUUCAGCAGGUGGAAGUUAUGGACCAUAUCUUCAGUCCCAAAGACUUCACUUGUACAGGGAUAGUGCUGAAAUGCUUUUAAAGAGUGAGCAUUGCUACCAUUGUUUCUGCACAGAGAGGAGAUUGGAAUUAUUGCGGAAAGAGGCUGCAAGACGUGGCGAAACACCACGGUAUGACAACAAGUGUAGACACCUCACAUCACAGGAAGUGCAAGAGAAAAUGUCACAAAAUGUUCCAUAUGUUAUUAGAUUUAAGUAUGAGCCAUUAGAGAGUGCAUGGACAGAUCUUGUGUAUGGUGUAAUGCAUGAGAAAUCUGUGGGAGAAUCACUGGAAGGAGAUUUUGUGGUAGUGAAAACAGAUGGAUACCCCACUUAUCAUUUUGCUAAUGUUGUUGAUGAUCAUUUUAUGAAGAUUUCUCAUGUAUUGAGAGGGGAGGAAUGGACGAUAUCAACCCCAAAACAUUUACAGAUGUAUAAAGCCUUUGGUUGGGAGCCACCCUUAUAUGCACAUUUACCUUUAAUACUUAAUAGUGACGGGACCAAGCUGUCUAAAAGACAAGGAGAUAUAAAAGUAGAAAUGUUUAAAGAAAAGAAUUAUGAUCCGAAUGCAAUAUUAAACUAUCUUACUACUGUGGGUAGAGGCUUCACUAGUAGCACUGAGGGCAAAACACUGGAAGAAAUGAUAAAUUUAUUUUCAUUGGACACUCUAACUAGUCAUUCUGCAAGACUUCAACCAGAGAAGUUGAAACACCUCAACAGAAAACAUUUAUAUAGGAAAUUCCACAGUAAACACAAACAACAUAUCAUAGAGGAAACAAAACAACUUGUACAUAAACAUUAUACUGACAGAGUAACUGACAGUCAUGUUUUAGACUCAAGUUAUAUAGAACGUAUUCUCGAUUGGGCAUUAGAUCACAGAAUAUCUCACCUUGAAGAUCUACUCAGUAAAUCAUUAGAAUAUAUCUGGGUUUACCCUGACACCAAUAAGGUCAAAUUUUUGUUGUCAAAGAACAGAAAAUGUAAAACGAUCAUUCAGGAUACAGUCAAUAAGUUGAAUCUUGUGGAGACAUUUGAGGAAUCAAUGGUGAAAGAAGUGUUGAUGUGUUAUUGUAAGGAAGAAGAUCUGAAGAUGAAACAGUAUAUGAUAAUGUUGAGAGGUUGUCUUAGCGAACAAAAGGAAGGUCCAUCUAUAGCAGAGAUGAUGGAAACUUUGGGUAAACUUGAGACAUUGAAAAGAUUGACUAAUGCUGUAAAUUCACUGAAAUACUAGAGAUUGGGUAAACUUGAGACAUUGAAAAGAUUGACUAAUGCUGUAAAUUCACUGAAAUACUGGAGAUUGGGUAAAUUUGAGACAUUGACCAAUGUUGUGAAUAUACUGGAAUUCCUGGAAAUACUGGAGAUACAGGGUGUAAACAUUACAUAACAGGAGACACUGAAGAACUUGAAAAGUGUUGUAAAUUCAUUGAAAUGCUAGAGACGGAUUUAACUUGAGACAUUGAACAGCACUGCAAAUUUACAAAAAAAUCCUAGAAAUACUGGAGAUACAGCGCGGAAACAUUACAAAACUGGAGACACUGUGAAGAACUUAAAACAAUGCUGUAAAUUUACUAAAAUACUGGGAAAUAUUGAGAAUAUGGGGUGGAGACAUUGCAUAACUGGAGACACUGAAGAGCUUGAACAAUACUGUACAUGAAAUAUAUGUACUCAGAAAAAUUGGAGAUAUAGGUUGGAACUAUUUGCAUAGCUGAAGACACUACAGGGCUUGGAAAACACAGUUAUAUUAGGUGAUUAAUGAAAUUAUAGCUGAGUAGCAAAAUAAAAUUGUCUAGAGAGUAUGUAUGUUGCUAAGUGUGGAACAUUUUCCUACAAGAAUAACAAAAUGUGAAGGAAAUUACCGCCAAAUCUUCUAAUAGAAGUAAUAGGGAAAAUAGAAAUCACUUGAAAAGUACUACCGAUAACAUUGAAUCUUUUAAAAGGAAUAAUUUAGAACGAGAAAACAAAUUCUUCCUUUUUUCCAAUAAAAAAAUGAAGGAAAAAAAAAAAAACUUCAUAAAUUCAGGGUUUUUUCUUGAUUACCCGGUAGCAAAUUAACAUAAGUUGUGAAAACUGAAGAAAGUAUUGUCUAUAUAUGGGGAGUCUGCACAGAGGCCUGUGGCACAGUCAUAAUGGUGAAAUACAGCAUUCAUCCAUGGUUACAGAAUUAAUAUAUAUUUAUGUUUUUAAGAUAUGUUUGUCAUGUAAACAGUUCAGUCUAUUAUAAACCAGUUUGGGGUUGUCUGUUUAACUUUUAGUAUACCGGUACUCUGAAGUUUAUGAAUUACUAUUAUUUAUGUUGUACAAGAAUGACAUUCAAGUAACAUAUAAAAGUUAACAAGACUGUUGAUUACAAUUUGAUAUAUUAAAUAAAUUAAUUUUUAAACA